GACGUAUACAGGAAACAGAUUCCCAAAGAGUCUGAAUGGACCUGCUUUUCUCGGUUGUUUCUAAAAUAAAGUUUGUUUUUUACCGCUCAGAGUUAUGCAAACGUGGAGUUUGGUAUCAAUUAGCGUUUUACUCGCUGUCGUGGUGAGAUGGAGCGUGUCAUUAAACUCAUAUUCAGGUGCAGGUAAACCCCCCAUGUUCGGUGACUAUGAAGCCCAAAGACACUGGCAAGAAGUGACCUACAACCUUCCUCUGCAACAAUGGUACUUUAACACCACUGAUAAUGACUUAAACUACUGGGGUCUUGACUACCCUCCUCUCACCGCCUACCACAGCUGGCUCUGUGCUUAUGUAGCAAAGCUUAUAAAUCCUGAAUGGGUGGAGCUGCACAGAUCCAGAGGCUUUGAAAGUCCUGCCCACAAGUUAUUCAUGAGAGCUACAGUGUUGGUGACAGAUGUGUUGAUAUACAUCCCUGCAGUUGUUUUAUACAGUUUUUUCCUGACUGGUGGUUCAACUAAAAAAAGGGUUUCUGUUCUUCUCAGCAUUCUUCUUUACCCCGGACUAAUUCUCAUUGACUAUGGUCAUUUUCAGUAUAAUGGAGUGAGCCUGGGCUUUGCCCUUUGGGGGAUUCUGGCUCUCGGGCUGAGCUGGGACAUGUUAGGCUCCAUUGCCUUCUCUCUAGCUCUCAACUACAAACAGAUGGAGCUGUACCAUGCACUGCCCUUCUUCUGUUACCUUCUUGGAAAGUGUGUCAAAGCUGGGCUACUCGGCCGUGGGUUUAUGCUGUUGGUGAGAAUUGCUGUCGCCGUGUUGGUGACUUUUGCCCUCUGCUGGCUUCCUUUCCUGGCUGACCCCAGUCAGGCCUUGCAGGUGGUGAGGAGGAUCUUUCCCGUGGCCCGUGGGUUAUUUGAGGAUAAGGUGGCCAACACAUGGUGCAGCCUAAACACCCUGAUAAAGAUCAGAUCCAUUCUGACAGGCGACUCUCAGCUUUACCUCAGUUUGGCUUUAACUCUCUUAGCGGCGCUACCAUCCUCUAUCAGAGUGCUGAUGAAGCCCACCUUCUGGCACUUUAAACUAGCUUUGGUCAAUUCAUCUUUGGCCUUUUUCCUUUUCUCCUAUCAAGUCCAUGAGAAGUCCAUCCUGUUGGCUGCCCUCCCAGUUUGUCUCCUCUUGAAUGAAUUUCCAUUUAUGAGUAUUUGGUUCCUGCAGGCCUCAACAUUCAGCAUGCUUCCUCUUUUCCUGAAAGACGGCCUGCUGGUACCCUAUACUGUGACCUCAGUGGGGUAUCUCUUCCUUACAGUCUACUUAUUGUCUACUCUGGAUGAAUCAUCGGAGGAGGAGAUAAGGUUUCAUGGGUUUUGGGCGUCUAGUAGAAAGGGUAUGCCAUGUUUCCCUCAUUAUAAUCCCAGACUUAUCAUUUGGGUUUUCUACAUCAGCAUUGCUCUCAUGGCUGUUUUGAGCAUCCUGAGCGUAGCUUUGGAGCCACCAACACAUCUACCCGACUUGUUUCCUGUCCUGGUGUCAACGACCGCCUUCCUGCAAUUCUUGGGAACAUUUAUACAUUUUAAUAUCGUCCAGUUCAACGAGCCCAGCAAGAAAAACCAAAAGAAAAACAAAUAAGCUUGAUUUUCCUAGGAAAUGGAAAUGGGGUAAUAUUGGCUCUGUUCAUUUAUGCUGGGCAUGAGGCUUUUAUCACACUGUCUGCCAAACAGAAAAUGGUUUCUUAUCAAAAGUAUCUGUAUUAUCAAUGACUAUAAGAUCAAGUAAAGGGAAAUAUUUUUUUAUAUUUUUUCUUUGUGGACCAACAAGGCAAGUGAAAUACUUUUGUAAAAAAAACAAACCAUGUAAUUGUUGACAUGUA